UAGUUUAUUUCAAGAAUUUCUCAAAAUACUGCAAUAAAAUAUUUUCUUAAGUACAUCUCAGGUUAUGAGAUUUUAAAGUUACAGUACUGGCAUUGACAUUAGGGUACAUCGCGUGAAGGUUGCACUGACGAAAAUUGUUAUUCUGCAUUUUAUAAAAAUAAUUUAUUCUCAUAUAUGAAAAUAUAUCUUGUAGGUGUAACACAUUUCGAAGAAUUGGGUUACUUAUUUUACCCUCACAUAUUGAAAAAUUUGGAACUACCAAUAACUAAUCCUGAUUCAAAGGAUUAUAAAAUGAUGAAUUACUUAACACAGCUAUGGACAGAUUUUGCUAAAACAGGGAAUCCCACUCCUACGAAUUUGUCUUCUAUUAAAUGGAUACCAUUAAAAGAUGAGAAUAUAUAUAAUUAUUUAAAUAUCGAUAUCGAACCGCGUAUGGAAACUUUCCUCAAAGGGAAGCAACGAUGGGAUUGGGAAUAUAUGAAAGAUAACAAUCAAUAAAUUCUUAUAUAAUUUUAUAUUAUACAAUAAACUUUUUCUGUAUAAUGUACUUAAACUUUUUCUGUAUACAAUGUACUUUUUUUGUAUACAAUAAAAUUCUUGUAAUAAA